AUGUUUGGUCCAAAGAAGAGUGAGCCGAGGAUUGGUCAGUCUUCGGCUUUCUUUACAUAUGUCAAAUCUAGCAUGUUCAGAAGUGCAAAACACGGGGGAACCAUUACUGUUAAUGAAUCUAUGACCCCGGUAUUAGGCAACAAUCUAAAUUUAGGUGGCGGGCGAGUGGAUAAUAUAACUGUAGAUAAAAUAACCAUCAAUCUAACUGAUGAAAGCACUACUCAGUAUGUACAUGUUGAGGAAAAAGUUAGUUCCUUCGGUGAACAAAAGGUCAGGGCUCAAGGGUAUGAUUACAUUCAAGCUCACGAAAACAUUCAUAGCAAUCAUAGCUUCCCUGAUUCAGUUUCUGUAGACAAAUCGUCUAUUUCCCCAUUAGCACCAGAGGCAGAAACACAAGAUUCAGGAAAUAACCAUCAUCAGGAUAUUUCGGGUUAUAAUGCAUAUUCUGCUUAUCCUUAUUAUCCUUCCGGACCAAUGAAUCAUUUUAUGAUAAACAUGAAUCAUCUCCGACUUAACAGCCAAAACCAACAGAAAGCAGAGCACUAG